AUGCCCUCCUUUAAACCAGUCCUUGUUGUCGCAGGUAUAGGUGCUGGCGGAGGAACUGGUGGAGCCACAGCACGUGCCUUUGCAAAGCUAGGGUAUAGCAUUGCCCUUAUCGCGCGGGGAACCGAUUCGUUAAAGACCUUGGAAACUGAACUGCAAAAUUCUGGAGCAGAAGCUACUUCCUUCCCAAUUCCUAGCUACGAACACACUUCCAUCAAAUCUGCUUUUGAAUCCAUUCGGACUCGUUAUGCGGCGCCGCAAUACAGUAUCCGUGCUGCCUUGUAUAACGCUGGCCACGGCGUCUGGAAACCAUUCCUAGACAUCACUCCCGAGGACGUCAAGAUUAUCACCGAAACCAAUGUCGAAGGCUCCUUCGCGUUUGCCCAUGAAGUUUUAUCCGAUUUUAAGAAGAACGAGAUUGAUCCUGCUAACGGAAAACGCGGCAUCCUGAUAUUCACUGGUGCAACAGCUAGUAUUAGAGGAAACACGACAACCAGUGCGUUCGCGGCAGGAAAGUUUGCCUUGAGAGCUUUGAGCCAGAGUUUGGCGAAGGAGUUCGGGAAACAGAAUAUUCAUGUGGCACAUGCCAUUAUUGACGGAAGCAUAUCUACUCCUCUCUCCCGGUCGCGUCGCAACAACCCAGAAUGGGAACAGAAUGAAGAUGUUAGGCUCAGUCCUGAAGCUAUUGCUUCUUCUUAUGUUUACCUCGCAAGCCAGGAGCGUUCAGCUUGGACUUGGGAAUUGGAUUUGCGUCCUGCCCACGAGAAGUGGUAA